UUGCAGGAAAAGUCAUUACCGUACGGUAUGGCAACCAAAGUAGGUAAAAUUGAAUCAGGUCUUAUGCAAAAUAGAAUUUUUAAUACAUCUGCUGCACCUGACAUGCCUGUUGUACCUAAACAAAAUAUUCCGAUGUUUCAAACAAAACAGGCUAUUGCUUCGAUUGAAUCGCCUGCAAAAAAUACAACCCCAGUCAUUAACAAGUUAUUGAAUCUUGGAAUUGCUGAGCAAAACAUUAUGUCAGACAGUUCAUCUCCUGAUUCUCCGCUCUCGAAUUCUGCUCAGAAGAAGCUUCGAGAUCUGCCUCAUACAACAACUUUAUGUGGAUGUGUUGCGUUUGUUGAUGUUUGGUCAUCUGAUGCUACUGACAAUAGGUCUUGUGUUUUUAGAAACUUUUUGACAAGGAUGGGAGCAACGGUUGUCAGAAAGUUUACAAAAGAACAUCCGAUCACCCACGUUGUCUUUAAAGAUGGCCAUAAAUCAGUUAUUCAGAAAGCUCAGAAAAGAAAUAUAAAACUUGUGACUUGCCUUUGGGUCGACAGAUGCAGAGUUCUUCAAAAAUGGGUGAAUGAAGAGGACUAUUUGUUUGAUGUAUCUAAGUAUAAACCUCCAAAGAGGUUUUAUGAAAUGCAACCUCAGGAACCAGAAGAUGCAAUACGAAAAAGCGCAGAAAGGUUGAAAAGAAGAAAAGCAAGAUUUGAUAAAAAACAUGCCAGAAUCAUGUUCCAAUCUCCAUUAGUAACGAACAGCCGAAGUGCAAACAAUACACCAGAUGCCGCAACACCGUCUAAUCCAGCAUUCAAUAGAAAGUAUGGAAUUUUAGCAGCAGAUACUCCGUUUCAUCCCCCAUCUCCAUAUCGUUUCUUAAACCCAUCUAUUGUAUAUGAAACACCGAUAUCAGACAGUAUGCAACGCAUGAUGAAACGAAUGAAAGAAGGAAAACAUAUCUUCUCACCUCCCUCAUCUGAUAAUGAAGAUGAAAAAGAAAACUGUGAGAAGAUGUCUGUGAAUGAUCAAACUUCGGAUAAGCCUACAAACAAUGCUUUCUCAAUAAUCCAUGCAAUUACUCCAGAACCAGAAGGUGAAAAGUUUAGUCCGAUUGCAGAUACACAAUGUUUUGUUAAAAGAUCAUGGAGAGAAUCUGGACUUUCACCUCCUAGAUUUGAUGCUUCAUUGGAUGAAAUUCCUGAAACCCAGCAGAUGGAAGCACCUGACACACCUGAUCAAGCUAGAUGCAAAAUUAUUCACCCGGCAUUACCCGAAGGAUUUAAUGAAGUUCCAGAGACCCAGCAUAUGAAUAUCAGUCUUCCGUCGCCAAAUGCUGAAACACACUUGAAAGGAAUUGGACAGCCAGAAACAUCUUUGUGUAAUGUUGAAGGUGACUUGAGUAAGUCAUCUUUGGAAAACCAGCAACAAUUGAAGCGAACUCAGCUUACAAUAUCACAAGAUUCUGUUUCUGAUCUGCAUUUACAUGUCAGUGGUAGUUCAAUCGAAUCAAUUCAUGAUUCAACAUCGAAACAUAAGGAUGAACCAAAUCUUACAAAUAUAGAAACUGCUACUACUAUUACAGAUGUAACUCCAACAGAGCAAAAAAUUUAUGCUAAACCUUUUGUUUCAUCAAGACGCAAAAAAAGAAAAUUACUUGACGACGAUGAAUGCCUUGAACCGGUUUCUAUUCUCCUUAGUCCUCAAGAAUCUGCGAGGAAGUCAAAAUCCAUAUUAAGCACGCAAGAACCAACAAAUAUAGUGAGCAGAAAUGGAACAUCAAUGCUACUUCCGCAACUGGGGUUAUCAGCAUAUAAAACUGCGACAGAAUCUGGAAGAUUUUUUGGUAGAAUUUGUUCAAACACACCUUCAGAAUGCUCUGUAGUAUCUGAAAAAUCUGCCAUAGAACAGCUGGCCUAUAAUUCUCAAAGCACUGAUUAUGAGGAUGAAGCCAACAAUAAAAAUAAGGAUAAACAACAUGCAUUGUGUGACAACAAUGAAAUCCCUCUAAUAAAUCAACAAUUAUCUUUGUAUGAUAGAAUUAAAAUGAGAGAGAAAAGAAAUUUAACGUCUGUUGAUUCUUUCAUAAGUCACUCUACUACGGAACCAUCAAGGAAAAGAAGACGAAGAGUUUCAGAAAAUUCUUGUCAAUCAUCAUCUCCGAGAUCACAAAGGAAGAUUUCCAGAACACAACCAAAUAAAAAUAUAUUUUCUUCUCAAGCAGCAAAAGCAAUUUGUAAGAGCUUUACAAGACGAAGAAGCACAAUGGAUUUCACAACACCAAUGUUAAGAGAUCCAAUACAGUUUGGUUCAAGUUACACAAAAAAGAAAAAUAUCAGAAAAUCUGUCAUUGUUCUAACCAAUUUUCAUUCUGGAGAAAGAUUUGAACUUCAUAAAGCUGUUAGAACUUUAUCUGGUUUUCGUAUAACAUCGAUUGUUAGAGAUCAAACCACUCAUGUUGUUUGUGGAGCAGCAAGACGUACUAUGAAUGUGCUAAGGGCAAUAGCUAAAGGGCUUUGGCUUUUAUCUAAGAAUUGGGUGACAGACUCAAUCUCGGCUGGAUUUUGGUUAGAAGAAGAAUCUUAUGAAAUAUAUAGCAUAUUUCCAGCUGCUCGAAAAAACAGAAAAUGUCGUUCAAGAAAUUCUAUAUGGGAAAACAAUCUUUUUGCAAAAUUCGAUGGCCAUAUUUAUAUUUCUGAUGAUACAAAGCCAUCACAGGAUGAUUUACGAGAGUUGGUUUCAUUAUGUGGUGGACGUAUUGUUGGGAGUUCACGUCGUGCUUCUGUCUGCGUUGGUAACCCAGGAAGAACUGUCAAGGAUAUUCCUGUAGUCAAUGAGACGUGGGUUUUAGAUUGUGUCAGCGAGAAUUGCCUUCUUCCAAUGGAAAAAUAUUUGAUACUAUUUUAAAUAAUCUUCCGCUAAGUAAUGACACCCAACCGUUCUUCAAUAACUUAAACCUGUCUUAAAGUUCCAUAUUAUUUUUUUAUGAAAGAUGGAUAAGACUGCCUAAAUCAUAAACCUCUAUGUCGCUUUGAUAAGAAAUAGAUAUCUCGUUCAUUGUUCCUGUUAUUUGCGGGUGUGCUCAGGUACCAGUGGAACAUAAUUAACCCUGCAAUACCGAAAAGUUCUAUAAUGUUUCUGCUUGUAGAUUUGAACCUGUGACUUCCAUAAGUGGUAAUAUGUAGUGAAAUUAUGUUCCUUACCUACACUCAAUUGAAAUCUAUGCUCGAGUAAGGGAUUUUUCAAGUUGCAAUUAUUGAAGCAACGUAAUGAUUUAUGGCAUGCUAAGCCUACAUAAAGUUUAAUUUGGUUGGUUGUUCAUCAAUUUACAAUAUUUAAUAGGAGUGAACUACUGAGAAUAAUUUACCAAUACACAAUGAGUGAUGAACAUGUGGGUACCAUUCAUCGUUUGUAACCUACGACUGAAUGAAUGAAUUUUCUUACAUAACUUUGAUCCCCGAUACAUCAUAUCUCCAUGUAUUUAUACAUUUAAUUCAACUAUGUAUGCUGUAUUCGCUUAACCUUAAUUUUUGAUCUUGAUGUUUCUUGCAUAAUGUAUUCAGAAUGAUAUAAUGAUUAUUUUAUUCCUAUCUUCAAGGCUUCAGAGAAAAUGCUUGACUUUUACUUGCAAUCGGUAUCCUUUCGUAAACCAAUCAUAACAUCUGAAUGCAGUUUUGGUUGAACAUCGCCUUGCUGUUUUUCACACCUUGUGUAGGUGGCUCAGACAGACAGAUUUAAUCUGUGAUGCUGAGUGAUCAAAAAUUGUUAUUCUGAUACAACUGUCUUUUUCUUGUUUCUGGUCAUUGAUGUAUUUAAUUAGUGUUUUCCCCGUUGAAUGAUUUUUGGUGAAUUGAAUUUUUUUAUGAAUUACCGUUGAAAAGUUUAUUGAAAUUGACUAUUUUUUUGAUUUGUUAUAUAAGAUGGUUCAUGUUUUGUCGGAAUUAAACCAAGUGAAAUUGCACAC